AGUUAUAAGAAAUUGAUGACCAGAGAGGUCUGAGGUUCUAUUUCAGUAUGAUCAUGUUCUAUAGGGCAAAUCCCCUCAUGAAAGCAAAGGACCCUGUGGAAGCCAUUAGAGAUGCAGUAGCUGAAGCCCUGGUAUGGUACUACCCUCUUGCAGGUCGGCUCAUUCAAGGCCCUGAGGAGGAUAAGUUCAUGGUGGAUUGCAGUGCUCAAGGGAUUUCGUUCAUCGAAGCAGAUUGCAGUUUCAGCUUGGAAGAUCUGGGUGAUGCUGUUAAACCGCCAUGUUUGUAUUCCAAAGAACUCUUGUAUGAAGUGCCUGGCUCUUAUGAGAUGCUUGGUUGCCCAUUGAUGGUUGUUCAGGUUACGAGGUUGAUUUGUGGAGGAUUCGUGGUGGCUAUACGUGUAAACCAUAUUCUAGCUGAUGGAUUAGGUUUAGCACAAUUUGUGAAGGCUGUGGGAGAGUUUGCGCAGGGCGCAUCUUCACCUUCAACUAAACCUGUCUGGAAAAGAGAACUAUUGACUGCAAAACAUCUUCCCCGUACUACCUAUGACCAUUAUCCCCAACACGACACAGCCGCCCACAACUCAACAAUAAAUAAUCCCGACAACUUGGUUAGCCAUUCUUUCUUUUUUGGCCCCAAAGAGAUGAAAGCCAUUCCCCAAAAACUUCCACCACAGACUAAACGACCAACCUCAAAGUUCGACAUGAUUAAUGCUUGCAUAUGGAUAUGUCGAACACGAGCCUUAGAGUUCGACGGCGACGAGGCCGUGGCCGUCCAUUGCACGAUGAAUGUACGUAACAAAGGUCCACCUGAGCUGCGCGACGGCUACUACGGCAACGCGGUGGUGUUUCCGGCGGCGGUGGCAAAGUCUGGGAGAUUAUUAUGUGAUAGCUCGUUGGAGUAUGUCGUGAAGUUGAUAGAGAAAGCGAAGAGUAGAGUGAGUGAAGAUUAUGUUAGGUGGGAGGUUAACUUUAUGGGUUCGAAGGGAAGGCCGCCAUUGUUGAGGUCACGUAGCAGUUUUCUUGUUAGUGAUUUGUCAAGAUUAGGGUUUUCUGAAAUGGAUUUUGGAUGGGGGAAACCAGUGUAUGGAGGGACCAUGGAUGGCGCAGGAUCAGCAACUAAGAUUAAUCAUGCUCGCUACCGGAAUAGCGACGGCGAGGACGGCGUGCUUGUGCCGGUUUUCUUUUGA